UUCGAGGCCAAUGCUCCUCCCGUUCUUUGCAUGGCACCCAAGAAAGAGAAAGGCGGGACGGCGACCACCGGUUCUAAGACAUGGGAGCCCUCACUCAUUGCUGCACAGUUCAACCAGAACGAUUGGAAGGCCUCCAUCGCCUUUGUAGUUGGAAACCGGAUUGAGGACGAGCUUCUCAUUGGAGCCCUCACCCUCGCUGUCCAAGCCCCUCAGCGCAAACUCUUCAGCGUGGUUUCAUGGCAAGACAUUCUCCAGGAGAUCAAUGGAACGAGUGCACUUUUUGGAAGCACCUCUAAAAAGGCAAAGAAACCUCUAGGCAGUAGUGUGCCCUUAUAUUAUGAGGUGGUAACGGCAGCAAAAGCAAUUAUGGACAGCGGAGAGAAAUUAACCUUACCACUGAUAGGGAAACUCUUGAAAUUUCAGCUUCUCCAGGUCAAAUUUAAGGACCAACAGCGACGGGAAACCGAGAAGAAGGUGAUAGAAGACAGACUUAAGAUAGAAAAGGAUAAAGGGAAAGCAAAAACUCCCAAGGAGAAGAAGGCCCCGAAUGCCAAGGUUGCCAAAGGAAAGGGAAAGGACCAGCCUGAGGCCAACACGGCGGUGAAGAAGGCCACCCAGUUAGUGAGGAGGGGGGAAGAAGAGGACACCAGGGAGUGCAUUGACGAUGAGCCGGACGACGGUGCCCAGCAUUACAUUAUAGCUGUGGGCUUCAGCGAUCCUCAGCUCUUGGCGAUUAUGACUGAGCUUGGCAUUCCCAUAAGCAGCGUGAUUAAAAUAUCGUCAGAGAAUUAUGAACCUCUGCAGACACACCUGGCCGCCGUUAGCCAGCAGCAGGAAAGUUUUCUUCAGCCAGAAGAUAUAGAAGCUGACAAAUUGAAGAAAGAGGAUGGCAUAAAAGAACUUGAAAUUUUCUGGAAGUACUUGGAACCCAUCCUGAAUAAUGACAAACCUGAAACAAAUCUCUUUGAUGUUGCUCGGCUUGAAUACAUGGUCAAGGCUGAUGACUUCCCAUCUGACUGGUCAGACAGCGAGAUGUUGCUGGAAUUGGGCACCAAAAUUUUUGAAAAUAUUGCCUGUUUGAUGUACGACACCCUGGAUUGGAAAAGGCAGCACCAGCACUAUUUGGAAAGCAUGCGGCUUAUUCAUGUCCCACAGGUGGUUAGUGAGAAACCUGUCUUAGCAGCUAUGUCAAUUUCUGAGCCUCUACAAACUGUUGCUACUAUGCCUGGAAAGAAGAAAACACAACAAUAUGAAGAGCUGCAAGCUCCAGGCCCAGCACCACCACCACCACCAGUGGCUUCCAUCAUCACAAAUGAAGUAGACAUGAGAUAUUACAACGAUCUGCUGAAUCCAAUUCCAGAAGAAUUCAUUUCUGUGCCCUUGAUACUGCACUGUAUGCUGGAACAGGUUGUGGCAAGUGAAGAAGACCUCGUCCCACCCAGUCUGGUGGAGCCACCUCCCAGAGCAGAUGGGCUGGACCACAGACUCGCAGCUCACAUUGUGUCCAUCCUACCCUCUCUCUGUCUGACAGAGAGGGAGAAAAAGAAUCUCCAUGAAAUAUUCUUAUCUGAAGAAGAAAAUGAAAGCAAACCAGUGCCCAAAGGCCCUCUCCUACUGAACUAUCACGAUGCCCACGCCCAUAAGAAGUACGUGCUAAAGGACCUAAAGAAUUUUGAUCCAGUUCAAAUUGAGCAGGAGAUGCAGUCCAAGUUGCCACUGUGGGAAUUCCUUGAAUUCCCCCUCCCCCCGCCACGGAACAGUACGAAACGUCUAGCUACAAUUCAUGAGCUCAUGCACUUUUGUACAAGUGAUAUCUUGAGCUGGCAUGAAGUAGAACGAGCCUUCAAAGUAUUUACUUUUGAGAGCCUAAAACUCUCUGAGGUUGAUGAAGAAGGGAAACUAAAGCCUUCUAGGAUGAUGUAUGGGACAGAUUCUGAGAUGUUCAACAUACCGUGGGACAACCCUGCCAGAUUUGCUAAACAGAUAAGGCAACAACACAUCAUGAAAACAAACACCCAAGUGGCCAGACACCAAACAGAUAGUGGAACCAAAGACAGAAUUUUAUUUCUGGAUCAGCAUUUGUCAACAUCUCUGCAGGCUGAUGAGAUCAACAAAGAACCUUCAGAUCCUAGUCAGUCUGGUUCUAACUGUAUGAACGGUUAUGACCUGGGUAAUAAGCAAUCCUUAGACUCUGAUAAUAGAGAACCUUCAGAACAGGAGAACAGCUCGAAGUUUCAGCUCCAGCCUAAGCCUUUGGAGCAGACCACGAACAAUGAGAUCAAAGAUGAAGCGGUCACAAAUGCUGAUCCUCUUGAAAAGAAACCCAAGAAGAUGACUGUAGAAGCAGAAUUAGAGGACAUAAAGAAAACACAGCAACGCAAUCUAAUGGACUGGAGUUUUACUGAACAUUUUAAACCGAAAGUUCUGCUUCAGGUUCUUCAAGAAGCCAGUGAGCAGUACCGGUGUAUUGAUUCCUAUCACCACACCCAAGACAACUCUUUACUCUUAGUCUUUCAUAAUCCAAUGAAUUUACACCGUCUGCACUGUGAACGCUGGAACGUCGCUCUUCACUCCAAUGUUGGAUUCAGGAAUUAUUUGGAACUUGUUGCAAAAUCCAUUCAAGACUGGAUCAUAAAAGAAGAAGCUAUAUAUCAGGAAUCUAAAAUGGCUGAUGAAAUCACUAGGACCAAGAAUGAGCUGGAAGUGAAAUCUUCUGCUAGUACCAAAAUUUCUUCCAGCAAAAUUUAUUCCAUUAAAAAAUCUAAAAGUAACAAAGGAAUGAGCAAAACAGAGCUAUCAGAUCAAGAAAAAGAAAAAGAGAAAGAGAAGGAAAAGAUCCCUUUUAUUUUAGAAGGCUCUCUCAAGGCAUGGAAAGAAGAACAAGGUCGGUUAGCCGAAGAGGACCGCUUAAAGGAAGAAAAAAAAUCAGAAAAGAAGAAUAAGGAAACCGGUAAAAAGAAAGGCAAGGAGAAAUUGGAGAGCGACGAUAGCAAGAAUUUUAAGAAAAAAUCGUUUUUAAAGGAGAAAGCGAAAGAAGAGCCAGUAAAGAUCCCUGACGUGGUGGAGGAGCCCCCUCAGGAGCCAGAACAGGAGCUCGAUCACCCGUUUCAUGGAUACGAUAUGGGAGAUGUACCCGUCCAAAUCUCCGGAACAAAUUAUUAUCUCUACCCUUCGGAUGGAGGGCAGAUUGAAGUAGAAAAGACAACAUUUGAAAAAGGCCCAACUUUUAUCAAAGUGAAAGUGAAAAAGGACAAACACAGUUUCAUAAUCCAUUUAAGAGAUCCUAAGAAAAUUGUGAAAAAGGAAAAAGAAGAAGAGGAUUGUUCUUUAGAAGAUGAGAAAGAAGAGAGAGAAAGCGAGCACAAUUUUGAAACAGAAGGAUCAAAUGCAGAGAAUAAAGCUGUCAGCAAGUUUGGAUCUUUUUCUGCCACCUUGGAAAAUGGAAUCUGCCUCUCUAUAAGUUACCAUGGAUCCAGUGGAAUGGCGCCAGAGGAUAAAGAUCCUGACUUGGAAGAAAUGUUGAAUAUCCCAUCAGCACUUACUCCAACAAUAAUUCCUGCAAUAGUGACUAUGCCUCAAGGCAAAGGCAAAGGGAAAACAAAAGGCAAAGAAAAACCCAAAGAAUCUCUUAAAGAAGAGGACCCCCCAAAGGAAGAAGAGAAAAAGGAAGAAGAAGAACCAGAGCCUAUUUUACAAGAAAUUGUUGAUAGUCCCACCUUCCAAAACCUAAACGUGUCUUGCCCCAGUGGCCUCCAAGUGACCUUCAUUGGGCAAGAGUCGCCAGAUCAUUAUGUUAUAGAUGAGGAACCUAUCUGGGACAUCAUGGUCCGACAGAGCUACCCCCAGAAGGUGAAGCACUAUGAGUUCUACAAAACGGUGAUGCCACCACUGGAGCAGGAGGCCUCGAGAGUUAUCACCAGUCAAGGCACUGUCGUCAAAUACAUGUUGGAUGGAUCUACACAGAUUCUCUUUGCAGAUGGUACUGUGAGCAGUAGCCCCGAUUCAGGUCCUAUUGGUCCUCCUGCCGACAUGCCAGCAACCCCUCACAGUGGGGACCUGAUGGACACAGUUUCUCAGCAAAAAUCAGAAACAGCACCUUCGGAGACUGUCGUCACAAAGAAAGGUAAAAGUCACAAAAAUCAGUCAUCAAUGGCACAAAAGAAUGAAAGCCAUGAACCUCCCCCAGAAGUAGUUCAAACAGUAACUCCUGUGGAGGUUCACUUAGGCACCUGGUUUACAACUACACCUCAAGGAAAUCGGAUCGGCACCAAAGGAUCAGAAAGAAUAGCUGACUUGGCCCCAUUUUUAUCCUUUAAGGCCACAGAUCCUGUCAACGGAACGGUUAUGACAACUCGAGAAGACAGAGUGGUCAUUGUUGAAAAGAAAGACGGUACUCGGAUAGUGGAUCAUGCUGAUGGUACCAGAAUCACCACCUUUUAUCAAGUUUAUGAAGAUCAAAUUAUUUCUCUAGAAGAUGAAGAGACAGCAGAAGGGCCUCAAACUAUCACCAGGCAGGUGAAGUGCAUGUGGAUCGAAAGCACACACUACGCCACUGUCAUCACCAACUGCGAGGACAGUAGCUGCUGCGUCACCUUUGGGGAUGGGACAUCUAUCAUUGCAAAGCCACAGGGAACAUACCAGGUGUUACCUCCAAACACAGGCUGUCUUCAUAUUGAUAGGGAUUGUUCAGCUAUAUAUUGCCAUGAACCAAGCAGUGAUAUAUACCAUCCUUUUCAAAAACGUGAGCAGCUGAGAGCUAGCAGGUACAUCAUGAAGCAUACGUCAGAGGUCAUCUGUGAGGUCAUGGAUCCUGAAGGAAACACCUUUCAGGUCAUGGCUGAUGGUAGUGCAUCAACUAUCCUCCCUGAAAACAAUUUGGAAGACGAUUUAAAUGAAAAAAAUGAAGGCUAUGAUGCCUUGUCAGCUACUUACCUUCGUAAGAAUCAUCUGCAAAUCUAUGGUGAACAUGUCCCCAGGUUUUUUGUUAUCUAUGCUGAUGGAUCAGGAUUGGAACUUCUCCGAGACAGCGACAUAGAAGAGUACCUGUCCUUGGCAUAUGGAGAAUCAACUACCGUCGUUCUUCAAGAGCCGGUGCAGGAACAGCCAGAGGCCCUGAGCAUUACUGUCCUGCGUCCUGUCCAUGAAGCAUCACCAUGGCUAAUGAAGAAAGAAUUAGACACAGUCGUUCCUCCCAAUCUGCAGUCAAGGACAUGGGAGACAUUUCCCUCAGUUGAGAAAAAAACUCCAGGACCUCCAUUUGGCACUCAAAUUUGGAAGGGCCUCGAUAUCGGUUCCAAACAGUUAGUGAGUGCCCCAGCUCCUAUACUGAGGAGCCCCGAUGUGCUGCAGAUACGCCAGUUCAUCCAGCACGAGGUCAUAAAGAAUGAGGUGAAGCUGAAGCUGCAGAUUUCUCUGAAGGAUUAUAUAAACCAUAUUCUAAAGAAAGAAGAUGAACUGCAGGAAAUGACAGUUAAAGAUUCCAGAACUAAGGAAGAAAGAGGCAAUGCUGCAGAUCUCCUCAAGCUGGUUAUGUCUUUCCCUAAAAUGGAGGAAACUACAAAAAGUCAUGUUACAGAAGUUGCAGCCCACCUCACCGAUCUAUUCCAACAGUCUUUGGCUAGUACUCCAGAACGUCCAUCAGAAACGUUUGAUGCCGAUUUCUCGGAAAAGAAACGGAGGCACACAGAAGUAACAAAGCGCUGGAAGGAAAAGUUAGCUCAAAAGAGGAAGGAAAUUGAAAAAACACAAAAUUAUCUAACAGAAAUUCGGAACAAAGUAAUAUCACCCUACUUCAAAUCUGAACUGAGCAAGACAUAUCAAUCUCAGUGUGGUUAUCUGGACGCCCUUUCCAAAAACUUGCCUCCUCUUACAAAGAAAAAUGAGGAUGCUUGCAAAUCAGCUGUUCAGAAUACCUCCAGUCUUCCUCCAGAUUCCCAGAAAAAUAAAGCUUCAGAACAGGAAUCCUCAGAUAUGCUUAAUCUUCCAAAAUCAGAUAACCUUAUGAAUAUCAAAGAGUCUACCAGUCAGAAACAAACUGAAAAUUUAACAGAAUCUACCAAAGAACCAGAAUCGUGUGUGCCCGUGAAAAUUCCAACCCAGUCAUUGCUGCAGGAUGUGGCAGGACAAGCAAGGAAAGAGAAAGUGAAGCUGCCUCACUAUUUGCAGAGCGCCAAGCCCAAGUCUCAACCUCUCGCAAAGGUGCAAGAUUUUGUUGGAGGAAGAGUGAGAACAUCCUCUGUUGCAUCUGCUGCCAUUAAUAAUAUAAGUUCAUCCCCUUUUGGAUUCCACCUUCUCCCACCCUCAGUGAAGUUUGGAGUGCUCAAAGAAGGACACACCUAUGCAACCACUGUAAAACUCAAGAAUGUUGGAGUUGACUUCUGCAGGUUUAGGGUGAAACAGCCCCCACCCAACACAGGACUGAAAGUGACUUAUACACCUGGGCCUGUGGCAGCUGGUUUGCAGGCAGAACUGAAAGUGGAAUUAUUUGCCAUGGCUGUUGGAGAGGGUGGUGGCAAAGGAUCAGCACACUUCUCUCACAAUAUUGAGAUUAUGACUGAGCAUGAUGUCCUGUUCUUGCCUGUGGAAGCAACAGUUUUAACAAGCAGCAAUUAUGACAAGAGACCAAAAGAUUUUCCUCAGGGAAAAGAAAAUCCCAUGGUCCAGAGGAUUUCUACAGUUUCUUCUUCUGCCCUGGGAGUCUUCACAUCCCGUCCAGUUUCUCCGCAUUAGGUCAGUUUCUUCUCGAUAGAGCUCAAUGGCCUCCAUGAUCCUCUCAGCCUAUACAGAUGACGACAAAGGACAGAAACCACAACUCAUAACACUGCAAAGAUGAAGUUACCAUAUGCAAUAGCUUGAGUCAGUUUAAUAAAGAUGGGCCAGUAGGUGCCAAACAGCA